AUGUCGUCGUCGUCACGCCAUGCUCUCCACGCAGCUUCACGAUUCCACCACCACCUUUACCUCGCAGCCGCUCCAGCAACGGCCCUCCUCCAGCACUCCCUGGCCGCUCUUUCCAGGCUCGCUCCAGCCCCGACUUCUGUUCCCUCCGCCUCUGCACCGCCCUUGGGAACGCCUCCUGCUCAUGGAACCGCUACAGUCGCUACAUCUGCCACAGCCGAAGGUCCAACGAGCAGUUCUCCUAUCCCCUUCAGCUCGCCCUCAGGCGCCAGGCGCUUUCUAUCAUACCCGGCCUCCUCCUUUCACUCUCACCUCUCCCCUCUCGGCCGACCCGCGGGCUCGUUCCCCUCGCCAGCCGUCCUCUCCCGCCACUCUCUCCGCUCGCCUCCACGUCAUCUGUCCCCCUCAUUCGCUGCGAGCGCCGCAAAUCCAGUCCUCGACCAGCUCCUCUCCGCGCGUCCCUUCUCCUCCUCUCGCGGUAGCAGCGGCGGCGGUGCGGAGAAGGUUGACGUGGCGUCGUCCACGCUGGCAGAUGCCGCGCGAAAGGCGGCGGGAGGAUCGGCGGGAGGAUCGGCGGGAGACGCGGCGGCCGCGGCGGAGUCGCUCAAUGUGGAGAACGUGCAGAAGCUGUUUCAACAGCUGUCCACGUCAGAGGUGGCAAACGCGAUCCUGAACCUCGAAAUGGCGGCGCGGGAGAUGGUGGUGGACGCCAGCUCAGCGCUGCUGACGUCACCUGUGAUGCGGAUUCCGCUGGUGGCGGCGCCGGUGCUGUGGGGGGUGCGGAAGACGGCGCAUAAGCACUUCUGCGCGGGGGAGACGCUCGAGGAGGCGGUUGCGACGCUCGACCGCAUGCAGCAACUCGGGCUCAAAGGCAUUCUGGACUUCAGUGUGGAGGACGCGUUAGACGAUGCGACAUGCGACCGCAAUAUGGAAGGGUUUCUGCGCACCAUCAGAAUGGCGUCACAACUUUCACCACCCAUGGUGAGCUUCGCCUGUGUGAAGAUCACGGCCCUCUGCCCACUCCCAGUGCUCGAACGAGUCAGCGAGCUCCUGCGCUGGGACCACAAACUCUCCUUUUCCUCCACCUCCUCCUCAUCUGCCUCUGUCCCCAUGCCGUGGCACCGCCCCUCCCUCCCGAUUCUCGCUCCCGAGUCCCCCACCUACUUUACCCCCACCUCCGCACCCUCCCCUCUCACACCCAGCGAGGAAGCCGCCAUCACGUCGGCUCAUGAUAGACUAAGGAAAAUCUGUGAUGCCUGCGCUGAGGGCGGCUUGCCACUCUUGAUAGACGCGGAGUAUCAGUCCGUGGAACCCGCUAUUGAUUACUUAGCGUAUGCGCUAAUGAUGGAGUAUAACAAGACGGGUGUGACUGUAACAGGAGGUGGGAAGGAGGGGAGCAAGACCGAAGCAGAGUUGCCGUUGGUGUAUUCGACAGUGCAGUGUUACCUGCGGGAUGCCAAGCCGAGGCUGGCUGCUAGCUUCGACGCAGCGCAGGAGGAUUUGCUGGCUUCAAUGCGUCCAAGUACCUUCCAUAUGGUCCUGUGCGGGAUGUCAUGCCGUACCUGCUGA